AUGGCAUCCUCCAGUGGUCCACUAAAUGAGGAGCUCCAGUGCUCCAUCUGUCUGGAUGGGUUCACUGAUCCAGUCACCACUCCAUGUGGACACAACUUCUGCAGAACCUGUCUGAACAAGCACUGGACAAACACACAUAUCUGCUUCUGUCCACUCUGUAAAGAAAAGUUCAGCAGAAGACCUGAUCUCAAGAUUAAUAUAACACUCAGAGAGGUUGUGCAGCACUUCAAUGAGAAGCUCAAUCCAGGAAGAUCUGAGGUAUUUUGUGACUUCUGUGAAGGAAUAAAGCAGAAAGCCAUGAAGUCCUGCCUGACGUGUCAAAGCUCUUACUGUGAGACUCACCUGGAGCCUCAUCACAGAGUCCAGCGUCUAAAGAAACACACACUGAUCAACGCUGUGGAAAAUCUGGAGGAUUAUAUAUGCCAGAAACACGAGAGACCUCUGGAGCUGUUCUGCAGAGAUGAUCAGAUGAGUGUGUGUCUGUCCUGCACUGAAGGAGACCACAGGACUCACAACACUGUUCCUAUAGAGGAGGAGAGUCAGCAGAAGAAGGCAAGACUGGUUCAGACACAGGCAGGCGUGCAGCAGAUGAUCCAGGACAGAAUGAAGAAGAUUCAGGAGAUCCAGCACUCAGUGGAGAAUAGAAAACAAGAAGAAGAAGCAGACGCGUCACGUGCCGAGGGCAUUGAGAUCUUCACUGAUCUGAUCCUCUCCAUUCAGAGAUGUCAGUCUGAGCUACUGCUGAUGAUGGAGGAACAGCAGAAAGCAGCAGAGAAACAGGCUGAAGAUCUCAUUAAAGAGCUGCAGCAGGAAAUCACUGAUCUGAAGAAGAGAAACACUGAGCUGGAGCAGCUCUCACACACUGACGAUCAUCUGCACCUCCUACUGGUGUUCUCAUUCCUACACAGUCAUCUACACACCAAGAACUGGACUGAGAUCAGUAUUGACUCUGAUGUGAAUGUGCUCUCUCUGCAUAGAGCUCUGACUCAACUGGAAAAAACUUAUGAGACACUAAAUGAAAAACUCUGUCAAACUGGGUUGAAGUGGGCACAGAAGUAUACAGUGGAUGUGACUCUGGAUCCUGAUACAGCUUAUCCAUAUCUCAUCCUGUCUGAUGAUGGAAAACAUGUCAGUCUUGGAGAUAUUGAGCAGGACGUCCCAGAAAACCCAAAGAGAUUUGAUGUAAUUUCUGUUCUGGCAAAGGAGGGAUUUAGUUCAGGGAAAUUUUACUAUGAGGUGCAGGUGAAGGGAAAGACUGAAUGGAAUUUAGGAGUGGCCAGAGAAUCUAUUAACAGGAAGGAGACAAACACAAUGGCUCCAGUGGAUGGAUACUGGGCUGUGAUUCUGAGAAAUGAAAAUGAAUAUGAUGCAUGUGAAAAUCCAUCUGUCUCUUUAUCUCUGAGAGUGAAACCUGAGAUUGUGGGAGUGUUUGUGGAUUAUGAGGAGGGUCUGGUCUCUUUUUAUGACGUGGAGUCCAGCUUUCAUAUCCAUUCUUUCACUGGUCAGACUUUCACUGACAGACUCUAUCCAUAUUUUAGCCCAGGCCUUAAUGAUGAAGGUAAAAAUUCAAAGCCGCUGAUCAUCUCACCCAGGGGAAGGGCAGGGGUGGUUCGAGCCCCUGCCCCUUUAAUCGCCGACGCUAAAUUCCUCUUUCGGUCUGGUCAAGGUGCCACCGGACCACAACCUCUACCGAGGACCACCCCCCCUGGGCCGAGAGUCCUACCAAGAGGGACCCCUCCUUCCCCCCUGCACAAUGCAGUCGUGCGCUCGUAA